CCAAUCGUUGUUUCCACUACUUUCCCCCAAACUUCAUCCUUUCUAUGUACCAAACUUUUUCUCUUUAUAUUACCUCUCCAAGGUUUGCUCAUUGGUUCAAUCUUCCUUCAUAAGCACCAAUGAUACGAUUUCAAGAAUCCGAUGAAGAAUCCGAUUUUUCUCAAGAAGAUCAUCUAACAUCUUCUUCUCAACCACUUUAUCAAUGUAUUGCCACUCUUGUAUGUCACACAGCAUCCUACAUUUCAUCUCUAACCCUAGCAGGAAAGAGACUUUACACAGGCUCCAACGACGGAGUUGUUAGAUUAUGGAAUGCAAACACGUUGGAAACAUUAGCGGAAGUAUCAAGCAACGGCGAUGUAAUAACAGGAGAAAGAGGAGGUGGAGGAGCAGUGAAAUCUUUGGUAAUAUUGGCUGAUAAACUCUUCACAGCACACCAAGAUCAUAAGAUACGUGUGUGGAAGAUAAACGACGUUGUUGAAGAAGACGUGGGUGGUAAAAAGUACAUGCAUGUAGCAACGAUGCCAACUAUUAGCGAUCGUUUUGCAAAGUGUUUGAUGCCAAAGGACCAAGUUGAAAUAAGGAGGCAUAAGAAAGCUUCAUGGGUUCACCAUGUAGACGCGGUUUCGGGUUUAGCCUUAUCAAGAGAUGGAACGCUACUCUAUUCUGUCUCAUGGGACAGGACGCUUAAAAUCUGGCGUACUUCCGAUUUUAAAUGCCUAGAGUCAUUCACAAACGCCCAUGAUGAUGCAAUAAAUGCGGUUGCAUUAUCCGAAAACGGAGAUAUAUAUACAGGAUCUUCUGACCAAAGAAUCAAAGUGUGGAGGAAGAACAUCAACGAGGAAAAUGAGAAGAAGAAGAAGAAACAUUCUUUGGUUGCAAUAUUGUCAGAACAUAAUUCAGGUAUUAAUGCAUUGGCAUUGAGCGGUACUAACGGCUCUCUUUUGCAUUCGGGUGGAUCUGACGGAUCGAUAUUGGUGUGGGAAAGAGAAGAAGGUGGAGACAUUGUAAUUGUUGGAAUGCUAAAAGGUCACACAGAGUCUGUUCUAUGCCUAGCGGUUGUUUCGGAUAUACUUUGUAGUGGCUCAGCAGAUAAGACAAUAAGGCUGUGGAAAUGUUCGGUGACGGAUUAUUCGUGUUUAGCUAUGUUGGAGGGACAUAUAGGACCGGUUAAGUGCUUGACCGGGGCAAUUCGUCAUUCCGGUAAACCAUCUGAGGCUUCUUAUCAUAUUUAUAGUGGAGGACUUGACUCUCAAGUUAAGGUUUGGCAGAUUUUGGUGCCGACCUAAUAAAAGAGUUACUUUAAUCAUUUAAUUUGGAUUGUUUCGUUUCCUAUAUUGAUGAGUUUAUGGGUUUUUGUAUGAGUUCAUCUUUUGGGAUAAUAUGUGUACGAGUGUGUUAUGUGUUAUGUACUAUGUUAGUUGGAUAGAAGAAGGCGGCUUCUAUCACAUUAUAUUGAUUUGACAGCGAAUCUCCUGUUUUUUGGUCCAAUUCGGACAAUACAAUUGCGGACAAUUU